CGCACAUCAGUCCUCCACGACCAUGGCCGAGUCCCGAGGUCUUCUCUUCGCCCUCCUCCUCAGCCUAGUUGCAGCAGGGACACUGCCAUCGUCGUCCUUGGCAACUCGUGCUUUCUUUGUGUUUGGGGACUCCCUGGUCGACAAUGGCAACAACAACUACUUGGCAACCACAGCACGAGCCGAUGAACCUCCGUACGGCAUCGACACCCCAUCUCACCGUGCUACAGGCCGAUUCUCUAACGCGAAGAAUGUCCCCGACAUUGUCAGUGAAUACCUCGGAGCUGAACCCACGUUGCCAUACUUGAGCCCUCAGCUCGACGGAGAGAAGCUUCUGGUGGGUGCAAAUUUCGCGUCGGCAGGGAUCGGGAUUCUCAACGACACCGGCUUCCAGUUUGCCAACAUAAUUAGGAUCAACAAGCAGCUGCAUUACUUCGAGCAGUACCAGGGGAGACUAAGCUCCUUGAUCGGUGCGGAACGGACGAAGAAGCUCGUCAACGAGGGGCUGGUUCUGAUAACACUGGGAGGAAAUGACUUCGUCAACAACUAUUACCUCGUGCCUUACUCUGUCAGAUCUCGAGAGUUCUCCCUGCCUGAUUACAUCCGUUAUCUCAUCUCGGAGUACAAGAAGAUCCUCAUGAAGCUCUACGAUCUGGGUUGCCGACGAUUCCUGGUCACCGGAAUCGGGCCACUGGGUUGCGUGCCUGCUAUACUAGCGACGAGGAGCAGGUCGGGCGCAUGUGACCCGGAGAUGCAACGCGUCCCAGACCUGUACAACCCCCAGCUGGUGCAGCUCAUGAGCGAACUCAACAGCCAAUAUGGCGACGACGUCUUCGUUGCCGUCAAUGCCUACAAGAUGCACAUGGACUUCAUAUCCGACCCCGCAGCAUAUGGCUUCGUCACAUCGAAGGUGGCAUGCUGCGGUCAAGGACCUUACAACGGACUGGGUCUGUGCACGGUUCUCUCGAAUCUCUGCCCCAACAGGAACAUCUAUGCGUUUUGGGAUGCAUACCAUCCUACCGAGAAAGCCAACCGGAUCAUCGUGGGCCAGUUCAUGACGGGAUCCAACGAGUACAUGAACCCCAUGAACUUGAGCACCAUUCUGGCCAUGGACGCACGCACCUGAGCUUGCGUCUCUCUCGUCCAGUCCAGUUCGCCUUGUGCUCAUCGAUCCAUCGACCGCAAGCUUAUGCUUCGUUUUCCGAGUUAGCAAGCGUAUGAUGUCUGUGUAGUUUCUUAGCGGUGGGAGGUUUCAUAGAUGAGUCAUGUGGUUUGAUCUAUUACCUUUGAAGUUACAUGGCAUUGUCAGUGAGUCAGCGGUCUAAAGACGGUUCGAUUUGCCAACGCAUGUAACACUUAAUAUUGUGAUGGAAUUUAUGCGUGUGUUUCAUCUUUCUUUA